GCGCGGUACCGGCACCGGCGCGGCUCGGCUUCGCCGGGGGCAGAGCUAUGCGUCGGCUGCCCGGGGACACGCAGGGACCCCGCCACUGACAGCGGCCGCUCCCUGCGCUCCACAUCACGUUUGUCUGCGGCGGCGGCGGCAGCAAGGAGAAGGACCGGGGCAUUAACUAUCUCGACUUGGAGACUUUGCUUUAUUUUUGGUUCUUGUCCUUUCCCGUGGAACCAGUAGUCUCUCUCGAGCUGAUCCUCCUUUAAAAAAAAAAAAAGAGCGAGAGAGAGGAGGGGGGGGGGGAAGAGCAGCUGGAGUUUCUCCUCAGCUCGUUUUGACUUUUGUGGACGUGGAUCAUCUGGACUGGGAAGGGAAGCCGCGCUGCGCUGCUCUCCCCUUUCCCACCCCCUCGCCCCUCCAGCAGCCUGGGCUGCCGGCUCUCCCCCGAGCAGGACGGGAACUUUUAUUUGCAGCUCGCAGCCCGUGGCGAAUGGUGGGAAUCUCCGGUCCUUUGCAGUAAAAGAUUGAUCUCUGGGCUGGUGAACAUAAUAUCUGUCCCAGUCAGAAAAGGAAAGAGGAAAUUAGCAGAGCGAUUGGUGGAGAAUGAUAUCUGUCAAAAGAAACACUUGGAGAGCACUGAGUUUAGUGAUAGGUGACUGCCGGAAAAAAGGGAACUUUGAAUUUUGUCAAGAUCGCACUGAGAAGCAUUCCACAAUGCCAGACUCACCUGUGGAUGUGAAGACACAAUCCAGGCUGACGCCUCCAACCAUGCCACCUCCUCCCACUACCCAAGGAGCUCCAAGAACCAGUUCAUUCACGCCCACAACGUUAACCAAUGGCACUAGCCAUUCACCAACAGCGUUAAAUGGAGCUCCAUCUCCUCCUAAUGGCUUUAGCAAUGGGCCAUCCUCUUCCUCUUCCUCUUCUCUGGCUAACCAGCAGUUACCGCCAGCUUGUGGAGCUAGGCAACUCAGCAAACUGAAGAGAUUUCUUACAACCUUACAGCAGUUUGGCAAUGACAUUUCACCAGAGAUUGGGGAGAGAGUGCGUACCCUUGUGCUAGGACUUGUGAAUUCUACUUUGACAAUUGAAGAAUUUCAUUCCAAACUGCAAGAAGCUACUAACUUCCCACUGCGACCUUUUGUCAUCCCAUUUUUAAAGGCCAAUCUGCCCCUGCUGCAGCGGGAGCUGCUGCACUGUGCAAGGCUAGCCAAGCAGAACCCAGCCCAGUACCUCGCCCAGCACGAACAGCUGCUUCUGGAUGCCAGCACCACCUCACCUGUUGACUCCUCAGAGCUGCUUCUCGAUGUGAACGAAAACGGGAAGAGGCGAACUCCAGACAGAACCAAAGAAAAUGGCUUUGACAGAGAGCCUUUGCACUCAGAGCAUCCAAGCAAGCGGCCCUGCACUAUUAGCCCAGGCCAGCGGUACAGUCCAAAUAAUGGCUUAUCUUAUCAGCCCAAUGGUCUGCCUCAUCCCACCCCACCUCCACCUCAGCAUUAUCGUUUGGAUGAUAUGGCCAUUGCCCACCACUACAGGGACUCAUACAGACACCCCAAUCACAGGGACCUCAGGGACAGAAACAGACCUAUGGGGUUGCAUGGCACACGUCAAGAAGAAAUGAUUGAUCACAGGCUAACAGACAGAGAAUGGGCAGAAGAGUGGAAACAUCUUGACCAUCUGUUAAACUGUAUAAUGGACAUGGUGGAAAAAACUAGGCGAUCUCUCACUGUACUACGGCGAUGUCAAGAAGCAGACCGUGAGGAGCUUAAUUACUGGAUACGGCGGUACAGUGAUGCAGAAGAUUUAAAAAAAGGCGGUAACAGCAGCAGUAGUCAUUCCAGACAGCAGAGUCCAGUGAAUCCAGAUCCAGUUACAUUAGAAUCACAUCGGGAAUUCCUUCACAGGCCUGCAUCUGGAUACGUGCCAGAGGAGAUCUGGAAGAAAGCUGAGGAAGCUGUCAACGAAGUAAAGCGUCAGGCGAUGGCCGAGUUGCAGAAGGCAGUGUCGGAGGCAGAGCGGAAAGCUCACGACAUGAUCACUUCAGAGAGAGCCAAGAUGGAGCGCACUGUUGCCGAAGCCAAGCGCCAGGCUGCAGAGGAUGCACUAGCUGUUAUCAAUCAGCAGGAGGAUUCAAGUGAGAGUUGCUGGAACUGUGGCCGGAAAGCUAGUGAAACCUGCAGUGGUUGCAACACAGCACGAUACUGUGGCUCAUUUUGCCAGCAUAAGGACUGGGAGAAGCACCAUCACAUCUGUGGACAGACCCUCCAAGCCCAGCAACAAGGAGAGACACCAGCAGUGAGCUCCUCCGUGACACCCAGCAGCGGGGCCGGGAGCCCCAUUGACACUCCACCAGCAGCCACUCCUAGGUCCACCACCCCGGGAACCCCAUCCACCAUAGAGGCAACUCCUCGUUAAAACUGAACUCGAAACUCUGAAAACAAAAACACAACAAAAAAUGAAACCAAUUCCUCAUCCUCAGAUGCGCAAAGAUUUUAACUGAACUGUCAUAUUUCAAUACUUCAAUAAGAAAGAACUUACUGUAUCUUGAGGUGGUAGAAAAUAGAAGGCCAGUAACGGGUCAUAAUGACUUAUUGUGGAUAACAAAGAUAUCUUUUCUUUAGAAAACUGAAAAGAGAGCAGAGAAUAUACACAAAAUGAUAGAUUUGACCUCCUCCCUGUUAUUUUCCAGUAGCUGGGAUUUUAAACUAGAUGACCUCAUUAACAGAUGCUUUACCAAACAGCAAACCAAGAGAUUGCUAAUUGCUGUUGAAAGCAAAAUGCUAAUAUUAAAGUCACAAUGUUCUUUAUAACAAUAAUGGAAAUUAAAAAAAAAAAAAAAAGAGAGAGAGAGAAAAAAAUAACCCUCAAGGGCAUGAGCAUUGGAUACAGCAGUAGACAUUUUAACAAGAAGAUGAAUGGCGUCCGUGGGUUACUGACUGAACUUUGAAGACCCGCAUCAAAACGCGCAGAUGUGCAGCAGAUUGGAAGGAGACACAGAUGUUCAUUUUUUUUCCUGUUUCUGAAAGAAAUAAAAUAAUAUCCAGGUCAACAGAAUGAAAAAUGAAAGAUGAUUUGCAGUGGGAUGUAGGACUACAGCAGCAAAGAAAAAAAAAUGCCAUAAUACAAAAGGCUUUUUUUUUUUUUUUCCUUUUAA